AUGGUUCUUCGCUAUCUCCCACCUGGUAUGAAAGAGUCCGAGUGCACGUCCAUCUUGGGAGAUGAAUGGAAAGUUGGGAACGGAAAGGUGGAUUGGUUUCUCUUCACGCCGGGAAAGCUGGCUAAAAAGCGCGGCUGGGAAGAAAUCAUCUACCACAGCGACUGCGGCAAGCUCCUCACAGCCUUCCGCUGCCGCCGCCCCUCUGCUGCUGCUGCUGCCGUAGCCUCCACCUCUUCAACCUCCGCUGCCGACGCUGUCCCCAAAAGCAGGCGCGCAGGCAUUGCAGCUGCAGCACGCAUCCUCCAGAGGGAUUUGGGCUUGAGCCCCGGAACUGCUCACAGGCGAGCCCGUCUAGACGCUGCCAAAGCCGAGGCCAAGACCACCACACCCUCGCAGCCUGCCUCUACCACCACUGCUGCCUCUACCACCACUGCUGGCACUGCCGGCACUGCCGGCACUACCGGCACUGCUGGAAAGGGCUCAACGGGUGCACAGCCACAAGCUACCGCUACUACACCAGCAGCAACCUCUUCCAACGCCCAGCCAUCGGCAACAUCUAGUAGCAAGUCACAAUCGUCUGGGCGAUCACGAGGCCGCGGCUCCAAGAAUGCAGAGCAGAAGGGUAAAGGCGCAGAAAGCACGACUAAUGGCUCGGGUCCGACAGCGGCGAACCCGCCGAUUCUAUUGAAGAAGCGACCUGACCAAACAACAGGAGCGAGCCAAGCCGCAGCCAAGCCAGCAGCAGCAGCAGUAGUACCAGUAGCUGUGGAGGCACCACCACCCCAAAAGCAAGUUGCUGGGGACUCCUCCAAGAGCAACAACGAGAAGGGCAAGGCUAGCAAUCAGAAGAAGACUUCGAUUACGCCGGGGGCAACUCGCAGCUUUGUUAAACACGCCAACCCAUCUCAAGGUGUAACGGAAGCUCUUCUGAAACAAGCCCUCGGCGUAUUCGGGACCGUCACUUUUGUCGAGAUUGAUAAGCGAAAAGGCUUUGCCUACGUCGACUUUGCCGAACACGAUGCGCUGGUGAAGGCCAUCACUUCUAGCCCAGUUUCGAUUGCGCAAGCCACGGUUCAGGUUCUCGAAAGGAAGGAGAAAAAGCCUGCCCAACCUGCUGCCGCUGCUUCCCCGCCACUGGCGGCGCUGGGGCCGGCGCUCCUACCCCUACUCCUGCUCCGGCAGAAAAGGAGAAGCCAAGUCAUCGCAGCAGGAGGGGUCGAAGGGGAGGUGGCGGUGGUGGUGGUGGUGGCGAGAAGGCGGCUGGUGGCGGCUCCUCAGCCCCUCUUCUGGAGGAGGUUCUGGUCAGGCUGCCUCAUCCAAACCCAAAGGCGGAACGGGCUAGGGGCCAGGAAGCCCAUCCAGGCUCGUAGUGUUGUUCGCCGCCUGGUACUCCAGCACGGCUCCGUCGGCGCUCUCGGCUUGCUUCGAGACCCAAAGCUCCAUCGUAGGCCUCUCGGCGAAGGCGUACAGCUCGUUCUCGCCCGGAGGGAGCAGCUCCUUGCGGAUGAGGGGCACGCCGAACCCGCAGCUCGUAGUGACUCUCCAGAUGUGGCCGAGCACGAUGGCCCUCGCGCCGACGUACACCCUCCGCCCCGUGCCGCUCGCGUCGCCAAUCUUGGCCAGGGUGGCGGCGAACCUGGGGUGGUCCUGCUCGAGGAUCUCGGCGUUGCAGAAGAGGCGGAGGAUGCGCGGUGCGGGGCCAAAGGAGUUGAACAUGAUGGUGAGGCGGCCGUUCUCGUAGGCGUGGGCGAUGGUCUCGCAGCCCGAGCCGGUGCGGUCGACGUAGGCGACUAG